UGUCAUGUCUGCCACUGAGUACAUUAAGUACCACGGUCUCCUCCUGCCCCUGGAGGCCCACACCACGGAGAGCUUGGAGUACGCCCAAAAUUUCUGUGUGGAAGACACUGAUGUGUUUGCCAUCACUUAUCCGAAGUCAGGUACAAUCUGGAUGCAGGAGAUCCUCCCACUGGUGCUGAAUGGGGGGGAUCUGACCCCCAUCCAUACCAUUCCUAACUGGGAGAGAGUCCCAUGGCUAGAAGAGAAACAACUGGCACGGGUGGUGGAUAAGCUGGCAUCUCCACGGGCACUGGUCUCACAUUUUCCAUACAGCCUCAUGCCCCCUUCCUUCUGUGCCUCCAAAGCAAAGGUGAUCUACGUCAUGAGGAACCCAAAGGACAUCAUGGUGUCUUCAUACUACUUCCACCAGAUGGCUGGCUUCCUUGAGGAUCCAGGAACCUUUGAUGAGUUCAUGGAUAAAUUUCUUGAGGGCAAAGUGAUGUUUGGAAAAUGGACAGACCACGUAAAGAGCUGGAGAAACAGUGAACUAGGAGACAGAAUAAUGUACAUUACCUACGAAGAAAUGGUUCAGGACCUGCCUGCAUCACUCAGGCAUAUCUCCGAUUUUCUGGGCUGUAAUCUGACUGAGGAAGUCAUUCAGAAGAUAGCAGAGCAUUGUUCUUUCAAGAGCAUGCAGAACAACAACAUGUCCAACUUCAGUCUAUUCCCCAAGGUGUACAUGGACAGUGACAAGUCUCCUUUUCUAAGAAAAGGUAUUGCUGGAGACUGGAAAAACCACUUCAGCUCAGAGCAACUGACCCGAUUCACCUCUGUGAUUUCCAAAGAGCUGGAGGGUGAGAGCUUCUCUCUGCCAUGGAGCCUGGAUUGACCACCAUAGAGAUCAGGAGUGGCAAAAAUCCUGGCCUGUUAUUUCAGACCAAGUAAUUCAUGCUAACUGAGCCAAUAUUCUUAAACCUAUUUAUGGUUUCAAUAUUAGGACCAUGAGUAAAUAGCAUUAGAAGUAGCAACGUUUAUUCACAUGUCUGCUAAUACAAUUAAACCAGGAUUCAGAAGCCUCACUGAGUCCAUUAAAGUUCUCAUAACUGGCAUGCUUUAAAUUAAAUGGAGACUAUUUAUAGAUACAGAUAAAACUAGCUUGACAAAAUAUUUAGUGUAUCCUGAUAUAAAUCUGAAGCCACAAGCACUGGACAUUAAAGAUUGUACAAUUUGUGCUGAUUUACCCACAAGGAAAUACUGUUGCAACAUUUGAAUUCCUCACAAAUUAAAGUGAGAUUUUUAUACCUCUA